CAAAUGUUAAAAACUACAACUUUCAAGUCUUUCACCUUCCUCCAAUCACCCAAUCGUCUUCUCCACACCCCACCCACCCCCUCUGCUGCAUCACCACCCCCCAACCCAAUCCAAUUUGCUCCUCAACUCCAUUCUCCUAACCCCAUUAAACCAGUAAAUGAAUCUCACCUCCUAAGAGUUUCUACAAUUCUCUACCAGCAACAGUACUCAUCUGACCAGAAACUCCACAACAACCUCUGCAAAACACCAUUUGACCUCACCCAUGAGUUUUUCCUUCAAAUCUGCAACAAAUUCCAGUAUUCUUGGAGACCCAUAUACAAAUUCUAUCAAUUUACCAAGACCCAACCCCAUUUCAACCACACCCCCGUCACCUUCAACAAAAUGCUAGAUGUAAUUGGAAAAUCAAGAAACAUCGACCUUUUCUGGGAAGUUCUACAAGAAAUUGGAAGGUGUCAGUUGGUUACCCCUAAGACUUAUGUAGUUGGGGUGAAAACUUUGGCUUCUGCUAGGGAGUUGAAGAAAUGUGUUGGAGUUUUUCAUUUGAUGAAUGAGUAUGGAUAUGGGUAUAGUGUUGAUGUAUUGAAUAAGGUAGUUGAAGCUCUUUGUAGAUCUAAGCUUAUUGAGGAGGCUGAGCAUGUUGUAUUGAAGUUGAAAGAUUGGGUAAAACCAAAUGAGGUUACUUAUAGAUGGUUGAUUUACGGGUUUUGUGAUGUUGGUGAUGUGAUUGAAGCUUCAAAGAUUUGGAAUUUAAUGGUGGAUGAAGGUUUUGAACCUGACAUUGCGUCGAUUGAAACUAUGAUUGAGACCCUUUUCAAGAAUAAUAGAUAUGUUGAAGCGUUGAAGGUUUUUCAAUCUGUUAGAGUAAAUAGGAUGAGUGAAUUAGGGGUUUCAACUUAUAGGUUGGUGAUCAAUUGGUUGUGCAAGAAAGGGAAGCUUGGAGAAAGUUACUUAGUGUUUGAAGAAAUGGAAAAGAGAGGGAUUAAAGCAGACAAUCUUACAUUAGGAUCGAUAACGUAUGGGCUUAUGAGUAGAGGAAGGGUUAUGGAGGCGUAUAGGGUUGUGGAAGGAGUAGAGAAUCCUGAUAUAAGUGUUUAUCAUGGGAUGAUCAAGGGGCUGUUGAAAUUGAAAAGAGCAAGUGAAGCAACUGAAGUAUUUAGGGAGAUGAUUAAAAGGGGAUGUGAGCCGAUAAUGCAUACGUAUGUUAUGUUGUUACAAGGGCAUUUAGGGAGGAGAGGGAGGAAAGGAUCAGAUCCUCUUGUGAAUUUCGAUACCAUCUUCGUAGGAGGUUUGGUUAAGGCGGGGAAGACGUUGGAGGCAAACAAAUAUGCAGAGAGAUUACUGUACAGGAAAGUUGAGGUGCCUAGGUUUGAUUAUAACAAGUUUUUGCAUUAUUAUUCCAAUGAGGAAGGGGUUGUUAUGUUUGAGGUGAUGAGCAACAAACUUAGAGAAGUUGGGCAAUUCGAUUUAGCUGAUAUAUUUGCAAGGUAUGGGGAGAGAAUGGCAACUAGGGAUAGGAGGAGAAUUAGAACAGAGUCAUGACUGCUAUGACACCAAGUUAUAUUUCCAAACAAACAACGGUCAAAUGGUGCUUGCCUGUAAUUGAAAUUCACUGGCAGGGAGCUUCGAAUUGGCCCAUGUAAACCCCAGCUAGUGUCAUAUACCUCGCUCCCUUUCUUCUGGUAGUUGCACUUGGAACCUAAUCUGCAGAAUAUACAUAACUCAAUGGGAAAAGGAGAGGAGAGGUAAGCGCGUAAGUUGUUCUCAUCUGGUUUGGGGAACAGUUCGAGAAAGAGGUUCCAUACCGGCAAUCCAAGAACUCAGAAUUGUCAAGCACUUCCUCAAGACGUAGAAAUAUGGCAAUGAAGACGUCCACUGAACUGUCAGUCACAAAUCCAGGAUUAUCCGUAAGAGUCUGUAGAGCUAAAAAAACAAGGUGUAUCUUGGGAAGCCAUUCAUUAUGAUUGAUUCUUACAUUUUAUGAAAAAAAUCUCUUGCUUUGACAGAAGGUGAUUCUUCACUACACAACAUUUAGUUACAAAUUGAAAAAAUAUGUUAAUAAACUGAAAAAGGGAAAGAAAAACAAUGCUGAAUGAAUUGCUACAUGAAUCUUUUGUAAGGGGAAAUUCUUCUU